AUGGAGGGGAACCACAUGUCCCCACCUCCCGCACCACGCACGCCGACCGCCGAUGGAGACGACUCGUGCAGGAUAGAGGUCACCGACUUCCGCAUCCGCAGGAACCCCAUCACCGUCUACAUCCUCAACCUGGCCAUCGCCAACUUCGCCUUCCUCCUCUUCAUGGUCACCUCGGCCCUCCUCUACGUGAUGCAGAAUGUCUCCUGCUCCACUGUUGUGUCCUUGAUGUACCUGAGGUUGCUUUUCCUGCUCUCGCUGUUCUCCUACAACAUGGGUCUGUACCUCCUGACGGCCAUCAGCAUCGAGAGGUGCGUGUCCAUCCUCUGCUCCAGCAUCCGCCAUCCCCAGUGCUUGUCGGCCUUGGUGUGUGCCCUGCUCUGGGCCCUCUCCAUCACCGUCAUUGCUGCAGUGACUUCUCUGUGCCUGCUGCACGAGCACGAGCACUGCCAGAUGGCUCUCAUCUCCAUGUACGUCCUCAACUUCCUCAUCUUUGCCCCACCCAUGGUCAUUUCUAGCACAAUUCUCUUCAUUAAGGUCCAGUGUGGCUCCCAGCAGCACCAACCCAAGAGGCUCUACAUCGCUAUCUUCCUCACCGUCCUCCUCUUCCUCCUCUUCGCUCUUCCCCUCAGCAUCUGGAAUUUCCUGCAGCAGUUCAGCUACACCAACGUGCCCUCCCAGGUUGUUUUCCUGCUCGCCUGCAUCAACAGCAGCAUCAACCCCUUCAUCUAUUUCUUGGUGGGGAGCUGCCGGAGGCGCUGCCCCUUGGUAUCCCUCCAGGUCGCCCUACAGAGGGUCUUUGAGGGGCCGGAAGACAACAUGGCAUGCAGCAACGAUACUACGAUGGACGCGCUGGCCCCAGCCUGUUGA